GGUUCGCGGGUGGCUGAGCUGCGCACAUGCUUAGGGGCUGGAAGUCUCGUCGGCUGGGACAGCCGCGUCUUCUUUCCUCCUAGGUGAAGCCGCUUUCCCGAAAUCAUGUCUCACCUCCCUAUGAAACUGCUGCGCAGGAAGAUCGAGAAGCGGAAUUUGAAGCUGCGGCAGCGAAACCUCAAGGUCCAGGCAAGGGCCUUGGAUGAGAGCCUCUCUGAAACUCAGAAUGACGAUGUGUCUACCAUAACAGCAGGGGCUGGAAAAGUUAAAACAUCUGUAAAACAAUCUGUGAAUGUGGACUUGUCAGAAGUUCAAAAUGGAUGUAUGUCUAAAGAAACGGUGAAAAAUGUAAAAGCUAAAAAAUUAUUGAAACAACCCAAGAAUAUGAAUUUGUCUGAAGCCCAAAAUGGAGUUAUUUCUAAAACAGUGGGAAAAGUAAAAGCUAAAAAUUCUCUAAAACAGACUUCGAAUGUUAGCUUAUCAGAAGCCCAGAGUGAGGGUACAUCUAAACCAGUGGAAAAUACAAAAAUUGAAAGAUCCCCCAAGAAAUCUUCUGUGCUGACCAAUGGGGAAGCAACAACAUUAUCUCCUAACUUAGAAUCAAAGAAGAAGAGGAAGAAGAAGAAAAAGAGAAAAAUGGUAGAUGAUGCUGCUGCUGGUCCUGAUACCAAAAAAGCAAAAAUUGAAGACAGGGGGGACUCUGAUGAAGGAGCUUCAGCUCCUGAAGAAACAGACACUGUGGAGAAACCAGACAGUGGGGAAGAUGAUGCAGAGGUGCCCAGCCUGCCUCUCGGACUGACAGGAGCUUUCGAGGAUACUUCAUUUACUUCUCUAAGUAGCCUUGUCAAUGAAAACACUCUGAAAGCAAUCAAAGAAAUGGGCUUUACAAACAUGACUGAAAUUCAACAUAAAAGUAUCAGACCACUUCUGGAAGGCAGGGACCUUCUAGCAGCUGCAAAAACGGGCAGUGGCAAAACUUUGGCAUUUCUCAUUCCUGCUGUUGAGCUCAUUGUUAAAUUGAAAUUUAUGCCCAGGAAUGGCACGGGCGUCCUUAUUCUCUCACCUACAAGGGAACUAGCCAUGCAGACUUUUGGUGUUCUUAAGGAGCUAAUGACCUACCAUGUUCAUACAUACGGUUUAAUAAUGGGUGGCAGUAACAGGUCUGCUGAAGCACAGAAACUUGGUAAUGGGAUCAACAUAAUUGUAGCUACACCCGGUCGUCUCCUGGAUCAUAUGCAGAAUACCCCAGGAUUUAUGUAUAAAAACCUACAGUGCCUGGUUAUUGAUGAGGCUGAUCGUAUUUUAGAUGUUGGGUUUGAAGAAGAAUUAAAGCAGAUUAUUAAACUUCUACCAAUACGAAGACAGACCAUGCUCUUCUCUGCCACACAAACUCGAAAGGUUGACGACCUGGCGAGGAUUUCUCUGAAAAAAGAGCCACUCUAUGUUGGUGUUGAUGAUGACAAAACAAAUGCAACAGUGGAUGGUCUUGAGCAGGGAUAUGUUGUUUGUCCCUCCGAAAGGAGAUUUCUUCUGCUUUUUACUUUUCUUAAGAAGAACCGAAAGAAGAAACUAAUGGUUUUCUUUUCAUCUUGUAUGUCUGUGAAAUACCACUAUGAGUUGCUGAACUACAUUGAUUUGCCUGUUUUAGCCAUUCAUGGAAAGCAAAAGCAAAAUAAGCGAACAACCACGUUCUUCCAAUUCUGCAAUGCAGAUUCAGGUAUACUGCUGUGUACCGAUGUGGCAGCUAGAGGGCUGGAUAUUCCUGAAGUUGACUGGAUUGUUCAGUAUGACCCUCCAGAUGACCCCAAGGAAUAUAUUCACCGUGUGGGAAGAACAGCUAGAGGACUAAAUGGAAGAGGGCAUGCCUUGCUCAUUCUGCGCCCUGAAGAAUUGGGUUUCCUUCGUUAUUUGAAGCAGUCCAAGGUUCCAUUAAGUGAAUUUGAGUUUUCCUGGUCCAAAAUUUCUAAUAUUCAAUCUCAGCUUGAAAAAUUGAUCGAAAAGAACUACUUCCUUCAUAAAUCAGCCCAGGAAGCUUAUAAGUCCUAUAUUCGGGCCUAUGAUUCACAUUCUUUAAAACAGAUCUUCAAUGUUAACAGCUUAAAUUUGCCUCAGGUGGCUCUGUCAUUUGGUUUCAAGGUGCCUCCUUUUGUUGACCUGAAUGUGAAUACUAAUGACAGCAAGCAGAGAAAGAGAGGAGGUGGUGGUGGAUUUGGCUACCAGAAGACCAAGAAAGUGGAAAAGUCCAAGAUCUUCAAACACAUUAGCAAGAAAGCAUCCAACAACAGGCAGUUCUCUCACUGAAAAUAUGCCUUCCUUUUCUCUUAAAUAACUGGCCCAAAAUAAAUUUUUCUUUGUUGAUUUAACAAAGGAUUUUCUGUAACUUUAGAAUUUGAGCUAUAGUAGCAAGUGUAAAAAGUUGACUUCAUUUGCAAGAACUGAGCACUGUGUGUUCCAGCAAAUGUUUAUUUGUGAAUAUAAAGCAGUUUAAAUUUUUCUUGAUUGUCCAAAGACAAAGCACAGUAUUCUUUGAGGCACUGAUAGAGUAUUUUGUCUUUUUCUUAAAAUGAAAAGAAGGGGGUGGAAUGAUAGUAUCCCAGUUAGGGCACUUGCCUUGCACACAGCCAACCUGCAUUCAGUCCUGAACAUAAUUGGUAUGACCCAAAACAUGAAAUGUUGUUUUAAUAGAAUUUUUGGUACUUUUUA